AUGGAAAUCACAGUACCAAAAACCCACACAAAACCCCGUCUUCCUCUUCACAUGAAAAGCACUCCAUACAAAACUCCCCCACCUAACCCUCCAACCCAACUCCAAUUGCCUCUGCACAGACCCGAACACAAACCGCCCAAACCCAUCAGAACCGGAAACCCGAAAACCCGACCCGUCACCACCACAUCCGACGUCUUACGCCUGAUGGACAGCCUCCGAUUCCCCGUGCCGCUCGACAUCUACGCCUUGCUCGUCGGAGAAUGCGCAGAAUCCGGCGACCCUUCAAAAGCCGUCGAGCUUCACGAUCACGUCAGAAGAAGCAGGCUCCGUUUGGGCGUAGGCAUGCUCAACCGAAUCAUGCUAAUGCACGUCUCGUGCGGGUCCCUCGCGCACGCGCGCCAGGUGUUUGACCAAAUGCUCGUUACAGAUUUCAACUCGUGGGCAGUUGUUAUCGCGGCUUGUGUCGAGAAUGGGGAGUAUGAUGAAGCCAUAGAGCUGUUUGUGAAGAUGCUCCGCGGAAAGGGAUUUAAAAAUGUGGAUGAUAAAAACCAGAUGUGUUUUUCAGUUUCGGGGAUUCUUGUUUGUGUCCUCAGAGCUUGUCUACAAACGAUGAAAUUUGAACUUGGGGUACAGGCCUUGGACCAGGUUGAGGAAGAGGUCAAUGCCCUGGCUGAAUGUUGUGAUAAGAUUGCAAAAGCUUUAAAUAACUGUAAUGCUACCACUGGUGACAUUAUUAGUACCACAGAGAGGCUUAAACAAGAGCUUGAAAACACCACACAAAGACAAGAGAUAGCAUCAUUCUUUCUUCGUGAUUAUCAGCUUUCAAAUGAUGAGAUAAAUGCCCUCCGUGAGGAAGAGCUGAGUGAAAACUUUUUCAAGGCACUUGCUCAUGUACAUGAAAUUCAUGCCAACUGCAAAUUAUUGCUAAGGACACACCACCAGCGAGCUGGUUUAGAGCUUAUGGACAUGAUGGCUGUCUACCAAGAAGGUGCCUAUGAACGCUUAUGCAGGUGGGUCCAAGCUGAGUGUCGAAGACUUGGAGAUUUUGACAACCCUGAAGUUAAUGAGCUGUUAAGAACUGCCGUCCGUUGUCUUAAAGCAAGGCCGGUCCUUUUCAAGUACUGUGCAGAAGAGGUUGCAAACAUGAGACAUAAUGCACUGUUCAGAAGAUUCAUUAGUGCUCUCACACGUGGAGGACCUGGUGGACUGCCUAGGCCAAUUGAGGUUCAUGCUCAUGACCCUUUAAGAUAUGUGGGUGAUAUGCUGGGAUGGCUGCAUCAGGCCUUGGCAUCUGAAAGAGAACUUGUCCUUGCAUUGCUUGAUCCUGAUUCGGUGGCAGAUACUGGACCAAUUGCACAAAGAUUCUCCAAAAUCCCGGAGUCUGAUUCUGGGAAGGCAGACUCAGACUUAACUUUUGUUCUCGACAGGAUUUUUGAAGGGGUUUGUAGGCCAUUUAAAGUGAGAGUUGAACAAGUUUUGCAGUCACAGCCAAGUCUUAUAAUCUCAUAUAAGCUUACUAUUACCCUUGAGUUUUACAGCCACACUAUUUCAGAUCUGCUGGGAAGGGAAACGGCUCUGUGUAAUACACUUUGGGCUCUCAAGGAUGCUGCCCAAAAAACAUUCUUCGACAUCGUAAAAGCUAGAGGAGAGAAGCUGUUGAGAUACCCUCCGUUAGUUGCUGUCGAUCUUUCUCCACCUCCAGCACUGAGGGAAGGAGUCUCUGUGCUGCUUGAAUUAAUUGAGACGUAUGACAGUAUGAUGGUUCCCGUGUCAGGCGAGAAGCCUGCAUUUGAACCCGUCAUUUCUGCUUUGUUGGAUCCUAUUAUUCAGAUGUGCGAGCAAGCAGCAGAGGCGCACAAGUCGAAGGGAGCAAUCCAGUCAUCGAGAAGGAAUCGAGUAGGUUCAGACCCGGCUCAACUCCGCAGAUCGUCUAUAGAUGCCAUUUUGGAUAAUAGCAGCUCUUCAUCGUCAUUUCAGGUAUAUAUAUUUGCCUGCUUCAAAUGA